AUGCCUCACGUAUGUAUUCCAUCAGGAUGCCAGCAAUGGGUCUCAAAGACCAUCGCCGUGGGCAUCGACAAGUUCGCUUAUAUGAGCUCGCUGGCUAUAUAUGUCUAUUCCUCGAUCACCUACCUACCGCUAGCCAUUCUCGCCAAACACGAGGAACGUCUAGCCGCCCUCGCUUUGUCACCUUUUGACUCAAACUUGUUGGCAUGUGCUAUCGGCAACCAAGAGGUCAGGAUUUACGAUGUGGACACAGAGUUGCCGGUCUGCAGGGCCAAAUACACGGUACCGAAGGGAAAGGUCUCCGUCAUGGAGUGGCACCAGAUGCACCGAGGAGUGCUGCUGCUCGCGAUCGGGCCCGCUCUGCUGCGUACGAUAUCCCUGUCGGACGCCGCCGCCACAAGUGCCGCCGGCCUGGCGGGCAUAGGGCCCGCAAGCGCGGUAUGCUGGGAGCCGCUGUCCGGCAACGGCCUGCUGCUCAUCGUGGGCCGCUCUGGCAGCAUGGCAUUGUACGACACGACCGCCGGCGAGGUCGUACUGUCGUACAGUAAGCAGCCCGCGACGGCGACACGCUUUGCGCAGUUCCUGCCGUCCCAGCCGGGCAAUUUCCUGCUAUCCUCCAGUCGCUCGGGUGCACUGCAGCUCUGGAACGUGAGCCGGCCUCAGCCGCUACGGCCUCUCCAGAUGGGCGGGACCCUGGUGCAGGGCUUUGCGCUGAUGAGGACGACAGCUGGCGGCGGCCGCGGUGAAGCCGCGGCGGCGGCGCGGUCGCCGCAACGUACGGCAGUGCUGGUGUCGUUCAGCGACGGCGCGGUGCUCUGGCGUCAGGAGGGCGGUCACACGGAGACGGUGUUCGACUGCCGGUUCUGCCCCACCGACCCCAACCUGCUCGCUACAGCCAGCUUCGACUCCACUGUGCGGGUCUGGGACGUGCGCUCCAGCCGCUGCGUGAAGCACCUGCUGGGGGCUGAGGGCAUCCUCUACUCGGUGAGCUGGUCGGCAGACGGCCGCCACAUCGCGGCCUCUAACGACAGCGGCGCCAUCUUCCUGUACGACUACGGCCGGGGGUCACUGGCGAAGACGCUACGUCAGCACACCAAGCAGUCGCUCAAGGUGGCCUUCCACCCCCACAAGCCCUCACUGCUCGCCUCCGCCUCAACCGACGGCACCGUUCUGGUGUACAACAUCGACGGCGAGACGCUGCUUGUGGGCACCUCGGGGGGCGGCGAGCUGCUGCUGUGGGACGUGAGCCGGCCGCACCACGACUGCCUAGUGAGGACGUUGGUCGGGCACAACGGCCGGUCUUUCAAUGUGGAGUUUUCACCGUUGCUGCGCAACUACCUGCUCAGCUCGUCCAAUGACCGUACAUCCCGGGUGUGGGACGUGUCCUCCGGGGAGUGCCUGGCGGUCCUGUCCGGUCACACGGCGGUGGUUCGUGCGGUGGCGUGGCACCCAGAGGUGGCACACAUCUGCUUUACAGGUUCCUGGGACGCUUCCGUACGGGUUUGGGACAUUCGUACCGGCCACUGCCUGUACGUGGCGAACGACCACCAUGCCGACGUGUACGGCAUCGCAUGUCACCCCCGACGACCCUUCUUCCUCGCCACCUGUUCCCGCGACAACACAGUGAGGUUGUGGAGCACUCUGGGCCUUACGUCUCAUCUGCUGCCACAGGCACUGAUUCGCGGCCUUCCAGCUCUGCGCGCCCAGCCCUCCCCCUCUCGCUCGUCGUCAUCCUCCUCCCUAGAAAGCGAAGCUGCCGUACUGCCGCUGUCCUCACCCACCACCGCAAUCCUAAUGAGCGGCUCGGGCUCCCUGGAGCUCUCUGAGAGGCUGGCGGCUCCGUCAUGCUCCCCCCUGGAGCAGUUUGCCGCCGUCACGGAGUUCUUCAUGCCGCCAGGUGUGUAUGCCCGUCUUGGUUCCGGAGCUGCUCGUCGCGAUGAGCUCCUUCGCGAGGCCGCUCAGCAGCACCUGCUGGCGGGGAAUGUGGAGCACAGCUGCGAGCUGCUGGCGGAGGUGGGGGAGUGGGACCGGGCCUUGGCUCUGGCCCCGGCGGUGGGACUGGCGCUGUGGCAGAGGCUGCUGAGGCAGCGGCUGCAGGCAAUGGCGGAGGCGGAGGCGGAAAUGCAGUCGCUGCGGCCGCCGAUGCUGACGCCGCUCCAGCUGUCAGCGUCGGCAUCGGCGGUGCUGGCGUCGCCGUCGUCGCCACGGAACCCGCCGCUGCUGAGCUUGCGGCCCGACUCGCCGCCAGCUUCCACACCAUUCGGAGUCGACGCGGGCCCGGUACCGCUGCUUCUGCCCCCGGCGUCGCCGCCGCUGGCACUCACACCAACACAUACGCCCGCAGCACCAUCCUCCCCGCGGGCGCCGACGCCGCCGACCAGUACGCGCGUGGGCCUGUCACCGACCAUCCGUCAGUCCCGCGGCGCCGCCGCCGCCGCUGCCGGCGGCGGCGGCGGCGGCGGCAGCGGGCCUACUCGGUUGUCUUUUGAGCGCGCCGUCGCCGUACGAAUGGCGCAGGCUCGUGCCUUUCUCGCCCGGGGGCUUCCGUUACAAGCCGCCUGCUGCGCUUUGACGGUCGACGACCUGGCGGGUGCGGUGGGUAUGUUGCUGCGAGGCGGCCUAGAGGACAUGGCGCUGGCGCUGGUUCAGGGCCUCUCGCGGCCGGCGACGGCGGCGGCAGCGGCGGCAGCAGCAGCGGCGGCUUCAGGAGGCGGCGGCGGUGGGGCCCCCGGUUGUGGAGCGUUUGGAGUGGGGCUGGAAAGCAGCCGGAUAGGGUCUGGUGGCGGCGGCGGCGGUGCGGAAUCUGCUGCUGCGGCGGCGGCCUUGCUGCGGCCGCGGGUGCUGGCGGCGGCGGCUUAUCGACGUGAGGCGGCGGGGGAUUACUUGACGGCGGCGGAGCUCAUAAAGCAGCUCGCGUCCCGAGUGUUCGGCUACCUGGGGCUGAGGGAGCCGGGACAGUACGCCGCCGCCGCGGAGGUUCCGGGCGCCGUGGCGGUGGAUGCAGCGGCGGGCUGGGAGGGCGUACGGCGGCUGUUGCUGGCGGGGCAACAGGCGGCGGCGGCGGACAGAGCACUGGCGGGUGUACGGCGGCUGCUGGAAGCGGACGAGCGGGUGUCGUUGCUAUCGUCGGAGUGGGAGCUGGCGUGGGGCGCCGUCAACAGCCUGGAGGCCUCCGCCCUUGGUGGAGCGGUUUGGUCCCGCGUGUUCUCCCACGCGGUCUACCUCGGGGCGUUGUUGUGUUUGGAGCAGGGCUGCGCGGCCGCGGGGUUGUACCUGGUGCGAGUUCUUGAGGACUGGGCGGCCAAGCAGCCGUCUCGGCUUGCCGCUGAGGUUUCGGAGGCGCUGGACGAGUGCCUGGCGCUGCCGGCGUACGGCAGUCCAGGGGAGGUUCGCGAGGCGCUGUUGGAGCUGCUGCUGGCGCCGCCGGGAAGCGCCUGGUUGCAGGGUGUGAUCCAGUCCCGGCUUGCAAGCGUGGAAGCCCGCCUGCCCUCGACACGCGGAUCAGCAACCACCCCACCGCCGGGCCGCAGCAUUCGCUCGCCGCCACACCAGCCGCGAGGCGGCGGCGGCGGCGGCGGCAGCGCCGAAGGUCCGGUGGCGUCGUCGUCGUCCUUCUGUGCCAACCGCCUGUGUGGCGUUACCUCCGCCACCGCCUCCGCCGCCGCCGCCGGCGUCAGCCUAGCGGCGUUAUCCCGGGGUCCAGUGGUGGUGGUGGCGGCACAUGUACCCAGUCGGUCGUCGUCAUCGAUGGUGGCCUCGGGGGGCUUGCCGACGUCGGCGGUUAGCGGGACGGCGAUACGAGGCGCUGCCGUACAGCUGGACGACGGCGCCACGUGGCUAUCGUUAAGCGAGGCGUUGGCGAUACGACGCGUCAUGUCGUACAGCCCGGUGGGCUCCGGGCGGCUGCUGCUGGUGCCUUGA